GACCCGCUGCUGCUCAAGCUGCUGCGCCUGGCCCAGCUCUGCACCGAGUACCUGCUGCACUCGCAGGAGUACCUCAGCGCGCAGCUCGGCAGCCUGGAGGAGGCUCUGCGAGAGGCUCAGGCCCAGCGCGACCAGCUGGGCGAGGAGGUGGCCCAGCGCGCGCAGGAGAUCCAGGGGCUGAAGGAGGAGUGCCGGCGCAGGAAGAAGAUGAUCUGCACGCAGCAGAUGAUGCUGGAGGCCCGAGCCAACUACCACCGGUGUCAGUUUUGUGAAAAGGCUUUUAUGACCUAUUCCUUUUUACAAGGUCACAUGCAAAGGCGUCAUCCAGGAGAAUCUGAGAUUGAACAGAAGAGGAAAACAAAGACAGACAAAUUGCAGGAGGAGAUUGAAAAACUGAAGGAGCAGUUGCAGCUCACGAAGUCCCAGUUAGAGUCUGAACAACAGGCUAAUAUGGUCAGGCUGUCUAAGGAACGUGAACAGCAAAAAUCAAAAGAAGAGGAAAUUCUACAAUCGUUUCAUAAAUGGAAAGAGGAGGAAAAAGAGAAAUUGGCUGAGGAAAUAGAAAAAGUGAAAGAUAUGUUUAUGAAAGAGCUUAAGGAGUUGUCUUCAAGAAAUUCAGCCUUAGAAAACCAACUGCUAGAAUUACAAAAGUCCAAUAUGCAACAGAAAUCCAAUUUAGGAACGCUGAAAGACAGCCAUGAAUUUACAGAUGAGAAACCUCAGAGUCCUCAGGAUUACCACAAUGUGGCUAAACUUCUGGACAAACAGAAAAGAAAGUGGACAUCUAAAGUCCAGGCUCUUUGUCAUGACCACGAGACAGAAAAGUCCCUGCUGCUAUCACAGAUUGAGAUGAUUAAAUUGUCAGCGAGAGAAGACUUGAAUAAAAAUGACACCUUUUACAAGAGUAGGAUAGAAGAAUUGGAGCAGAGGCUUCAGCAGCAGAAUGAUCUGGUUAUUACUCAGAAGAAACAGAUAAAUGAAUUGUCCACAAGGCCAGUUGCAAGCAUUAAAACAUAUGAUGUGAACACUACUGUUGAGCGUCUUGAAGAGCCUAAACCAAACCCACCAGUGAUGCAUGAAGCUGAGAAAAGUGAUCGUAAACCAGGUAGAAGUAACCACUAUUUAAUAAAUGCUUUGAAGACUCAUCCGUCUUUAACUAAAGAAUUGAGAGUUGUUUUGGAGCAAGCCCUGGAGGAGAAGCUGGAAUCCUUGGGAAUUAAAGCAGGUGUUCGCGGUAUCCCAAACGAUUGCUUGAGUAAGAUCUUGCGCGUGGUUGAACAUGCAAGAGAAUGCAAAGAGAGGCAGGAGCCUGCUAUGCACCGAAUUCGAGAGCAGCUCGAGCGUCAAGUUAGCUUCAGGGCUGAAGAGAAAUCCUCAUCUUCUAGUAGACCGGUUUCCCAUCUUCAGCUUCCUUCAGAUGAUAAGCAGAACUUCAGUCAAUUGGGAAUCUCCCCAUCUGCCACAGCACAGAAACCAGUAAAAUGGUCUUCAACACCUGUGCAUCCACCUGGCCAAAGAACAGCCUUCACAGAGAAGACAUCAACACCAAAGGAGAUUCUUGGAAGUGAAGUUUCCAGAAAGACAUCUAGCAUCUCAACACCACCAUUCAGUUCAGAGGAAGAAGCUGAUGAAGAUGACAUUAAACAGCCUUACAUAUCACCAGAAAUACUGCAAAAGCCGUCAAAAACAUCAAGCAGCAAAGUCUGUGCUUUUCAGAAGGCUUCUGGCAAAAGUGAUAUGGAUGGGACAGAGGAAGGCGAAAGUGAAGAAGCUGGAACACCUGCUAAAACUCCAAAAGGAACUGUUAUUCAAAAACUGACCAAGCAAGUUGGAGAGAGUCUUUCUAAUCCAGGAAAUAAGAACAAACCAGCUGGAGGGGUUAAUGUUGCACAGGCAUUUAUUAAGCAAGAAGUGAAGGAACUGAAGUUAGCAGAAGUUGAUGAUGAAGAUGAUUGGGAUAUAUCAUCAGUAGGGGAAGACAUUUUAAUGAUGAAAGAUGAUAGAGGUCAGAAGGCACCAGCAGUUCAGAAAAAGGAGUCCAAUGCUGCAUCUGUGGUACAGGCGUGGGGGCUUUCGAAGAAAACUGCAUCAAAGGAGGAAGGCUUUCACGAAGCUGAUACUACAAGCACGUUAAAAAGCAGCUUAGUCUCUGUAACAGACUGGAGUGAUUCUUCAGAUAUAUAA